AUGUCAUGCAUUAUAACUGUCAAAACACUGUAUCAAAAUUUAUUUUUUUACGUUUUGAUCUUAAAUCUACAUCAUAGUUUACUUCAAAGUUUUAACGCAUCACAUGUAGAUUAUUGCAAAAAAGAGUUGCAAUGCCAGGUGCGUAGCCGUGUGUUUCCAAACACUGCCUGUCAGUGUCCUGCUGAGAAUGAAAAAAGAUGUGGAGGUUCGCCUAUAGUAACAAAAUUAAGUUCGAAUGAAACUUUGAUGAAUAUUGUUGUGGAUUUGCACAAUAAAUACAGGGAAGGUAUCGCUUCAGGUGAGGAAACGAGACUUGGUAAUGUUGGUGCAACUGAUAUGAUGAUGCUGGAAUAUGAUACAGAUCUCGAAUAUUUGGCUUGGUGUUAUAGUCAUAAAUGUAAUGAUGAACCUGAUGUUUGUAGGCGAACGCCAAAGUUUGAAAGUUCCGGCCAAAAUCAAUUUGUGUGGUUUGAUGGAAACGAUUGUGACAGUUCAACAUUAGAAGAUACGGUAGAAAUGUGGUAUAAUGAAAUCGAUUUGAUGACACAAGGAAGAAGUGCCAUCAUAACAUUUAAUUGUGAUACGGAAAUGGUCGGACGAUUUACACAAAUGAUUUGGGGUAGAACGAUUAGUGUUGGAUGUGCUUUAACGAACUAUUUUGAUAGAGCAACUAGUACCAAUGCUUGUAAUAUUCUUUGUAAUUACGGACCUAAUGGAAACCGCAAUCAAAGUAGAAUAUACACUUUAGGUACUCCGGCUCGGGAUUGUUUUGAGACACAUCAUAAUUUUACAAGUUUAUGUGUUGGAAAAGUACCGCCAUACGGCGAACAUGAAGUGGAAGGAUCUCCGACGGUUGUGACUAGUUGGUUCUUGUUGUGGAGUAGUUUCUUUGGUGUCUUUUUGGUGCGCUGGUUUCUGGUUUAUUAA